GUGCCCGGCAGGCGAGGGGCAGGAAGGGGGUGUAAGUGCCCGGCAGGCGAGGGGCAGGAAGGGGGGUGUAAGUGCCCGGCAGGCGAGGGGCAGGAAGGGGGUGUAAGUGCCCGGCAGGCGAGGGGCAGGAAGGGGGUGUAAGUGCCCGGCAGGCGAGGGGCAGGAAGGGGGUGUAAGUGCCCGGCAGGCGAGGGGCAGGAAGGGGGUGUAAGUGCCCGGCAGGCGAGGGGCAGGAAGGGGGUGGGCAGGAAGGGGGUGUAAGUGCCCGG